CAAAAAUCCGGAAAGAGAGCGAGUUGAUUAAGGCAAAGGGUGUGAUGAGAUUAGUUUUGAGAAGAAACCAGCAAUCGGCGAUUAGGAGUGAGAGAGAUAUGGAGGGAAUUGAAGGAAAUAGCAGCAGAUACAGUCUGAAACCCUCGCGAAUUUGCAACGAAGAUGUUCUGAUCUGCGUCGACGUCGAUCCUCAGUGCCUCGUCGAAAUGAAAGGUGCCACCGGUCCCAAUGGCAGACCCCUCACCCGUUUGGACUCCAUCAAACAAGCCAUCGUUCUCUUCGUCAAUGCCAAACUCACCAUCAACCCCGAACACCGUUUUGCCUUCGCCACUCUCUCCAACACCCUCGUCUCUUGGGUCAGGAAAGAGUUUAGCAGUGAAAUUGAGUCAACACUUGCAGCAAUGCGUGUUCUUUCAGCUUCUUCUUCUUCUUCCACCACCGCCGGCCAACCCGAUCUCACUCAUUUGUUCCGUCUUGCCGCUCAUGAAGCCAAGAAAUCCCGUCUUCAGGGUCGCAUCCUAAGAGUCAUUUUGUUCUACUGUAGAUCAUCAGAGCGACCAAAGCAUCAGUGGCCUGUGAACCAGAAGCUCUUCACUUUGGAUGUUAUGUACCUUCAUGAUAAACCUGGACCAGAUAACUGCCCCCAGGAGGUUUACGAUACACUGGUGGAGGCACUUGAACAUGUUAGUGAAUAUGAGGGUUAUAUCUUGGAGAGUGGACAGGGGUUGGCACGUGUUCUAUUCCGUCAUGUGCUGAUACUAUUGUCACAUCCUCAGCAGCGUUGCAUCCAAGAGUAUGUUGACAUACCAAAGUCAAUUGCAAAGAAGCCUCCCCAGGUGGAGCCUAUGGCUACUGAAGAUAGUGCUCCCAUAUCAAGCCAAUAAUACUAUGAGUUGGGAAGUGGAUGGCAGUUGCAUGUGGUCAACCUCUUAAGGGGAAUGGAAUAUGAUCAUAAUUCAGCAAUGUUCAAGUUGGAGGUUAGUGUCACUAGGUUGACAAGGGAAUGAUUGUUACUAGCGUAACAGUUUCUGAAAUUGGAUUCGAUUCCUACAACCCUCUUUCGUUCUCAAGUUGAUACCAUUUACUAUUUUGAAUCAAAUGUAUGAAAAGUGUACUUUCAAACAUAUCCAUAUUCAUUAGUAAUCAAGCGUUUAGGUCUGGUAAUGAAAGUGAGCAAGGGAUGUGAUUAUACACAAGCUGUUAGAUUUUAUUUUA